AUGCGCUCGAAACCUUUAUUAAAUCCAAUUGCCAUAACAAUUAUGCUAUCAAUUUCAAUCUUUUUCCUUCUCUUCUUUUCUGGAUUCUUCCAAUUUUCAUCUUAUGCUUCUUCUUCUCUUAAUGACUUAUCAAUCAAAUCAAGUAAACCCGACCCAUUUACCGACUUGUUGAGUGCGUUCAGAAAAUGGGAUUCUGAAGUGGGUUGCCCGAAAUUUAGGGAAAAGUUUGAGAAUUGGGGUUUCUCCAAUGUUUCAAAUUCGUUGCAAUUUAGUGAUUUGGAAGGGGGAAUUGGGUGUGGAAAAGAGUUGAAAUUGAAGCAUGUGAAUGUGUUGGUAAAAGGGUGGACUUGGAUUCCUGAUAAUUUGGAGAAUUUGUAUGAAUGUAAAUGUGGGUUAAGCUGUUUUUGGACUAAAUCUUCUGUUCUUGCUGAUCCUCCUGAUGCCCUUUUGUUUGAAACCACUACUCCUCCUUUGCAGAGACGCAUGGGCGACCCACUACGCAUCUACAUGGAUCUUGAGGCUGGUAGGAGACGGUCAGGACGUGAGGAUAUUUUUAUUAGCUAUCAUGCUGAGGAUGAUGUGCAGGCAACAUAUGCUGGAGGCCUUUUUCACAACAAUCGUAAUUACCAAGUGUCUUCUCAAAAGAAGAAUGACACUCUUGUAUACUGGUCAUCAUCUCGUUGCCUUCCUGAUAGAAAUGACCGUGCCAAGAGACUUCUUGCUUUAUUACCUCAUCAUUCUUUUGGGAAGUGCUUAAACAAUGUUGGUGGCCUGGACAAGGCACUUUCUAUGUAUCCAGAAUGUAUGAAGGACCUUACCUCUGCUCCGAAAUGGUGGGAUCAUUUACAUUGUGCCAUGUCUCACUACAAGUUUGUCCUUGCUAUUGAGAACACUAUGACUGAGAGCUAUGUCACUGAGAAACUGUAUUAUGCCCUUGAUGCUGGAUCUGUUCCGAUCUAUUUUGGGGCACCAAAUGUAUGGGACUUUGUUCCCCCAAAUUCGAUAAUAGAUGGUAGUAAGUUUAGUUCAUUAGAGGCACUAGCGUCUUACAUCAAGACACUUGCUAACGACCCUGUUGCUUAUGCGGAAUAUCAUGCUUGGAGAAGAUGUGGUGUGCUUGGUAACUAUGGAAAGACUCGUGCAACGAGCAUUGAUACGUUACCCUGCCGCUUAUGUGAGGCCAUUAGUAGACAGGGUGGAAGGAGUGCCAAAGCUUAGUGAUUUGCUUAUCAUCUCCAAUGGUGGGGAGUCAUCUGCUGAUUUUUUUCCUUGAAAUUUUGGAAUUUAGAUACUGGAUUUCUGAGACGGAAAUGCCUGACCUGUAAAUUUAUGUCCAUUUGUUAGGUGUUAAAGGGGAUACGAAUAGGUUGUAUGAUUUUGAGAAAUACUAUAUUUAUUGUAGUGAGAAUGAAAGUCACUAGAUAAAAUUUUUUUGGUUGUCUUUU